AUGCCAUCCGCAGCGUGUGAAACGCCAAAACGACGUCACUCAAUUGGUUCACCACUAAAGAAUCAUAGAGAAUUUACUGUCCCUUUAAAUGACGAUGCAUUAGAAAAAAGCAAUCGAAGAAAAUCUUUAGUAGAUUCUGUACGAAGAUCUUUAUUAUUUGCCUCUCCAUCGGCGGUAGCUUCAGGUUCUGAAAGCCAAAAUGCUCCUGGUAGUCGAAUGUCUACUCCUCAACGUGUAGGUACCUUGUCAUUAGAGGCUGUCACACCUAUACCACAAAUACCUGUCGAACAAAUGUAUUUGAAUUUCGAAGAAUGGAUGAAAAUGGCUACCGAUAAUAAAAUUAACGCUAACAAUAGUUGGAAGCUUGCUCUAAUCGAUUAUUUUCAUGAAAUGAGUUUAUUAAAAGAAGGCGAUUCGAUAAAUUUUCAAAAGGCUUCUUGUACUCUGGAUGGAUGUGUAAAGAUCUAUACAUCACGUGUUGAUUCUGUCGCCACCGAAACCGGAAAAUUAUUAAGUGGUUUAGCUGAUAGCUCAAAGAGUAAUAAUGAAGAUAACUUGUCCGAUGGUGACAAUGAUAAUGCUGAUUCUGAGAGACCCGCUCGUAAGAAGACCUCAACAACCGGCGCUGCAACUUUAGUUAAAGAUUAUUCUCAGUUGACAUUAAAGAAAUUUGAUUUGGAAUUUUCUAUUGAUCCUUUAUUUAAAAAGACUUCGGCAGACUUUGAUGAAGGAGGUGCUCAAGGACUGUUAUUAAAUCAUUUGUCGAUUGAUACUGAUGGAAAAAUCAUAUUUGACGCAAGCGAUGCCACUCUGGACGAAACUGAAGAAAAUGAAGAUGAUGAAAGAGAUGCAAUGGAAGAAGAUUCUCCGGAACAAACUAUUGAUAUAUCUAAACUUCGUUCCAAAAUUUUUCCAGAACUUUCAAGGAUUUUCACUAAAGAUAUUUGUCCAUCAUUAAAAUCGUUUGAAUUUUCUGUUGAUGUGGGAUUUCUUACGCGAAAAGUAUCGGAUGAUGACGAAGAAGAACAAGUUAUCGUUGAUGAUGUCGGUGAUGAAGAUUAUCCAGACUUUUUUGAUGAUAAUUUUUUAAGUGGCGAAGAUGGCGACGGUGGUGGUGAUAACGGUGAUGACGGCAUAUCUGGAGUUUUUGAAAGAUUCGAUGGUGAUCAAAGGAGGCCUACCGAAACCGAUUUUAUUAUGGCCAUGGUUAAUAACACAAAUGAAUUUCAGUAUUUUGAUUCCGCAUUUUUAUGUAAUUGGGUUGGUCCGGAUCACUGGAAAUUAAAACGCGUUGUCAGAGGUGACGCUAAUAGCGAACCAAAAGAACGAAAAAAAAAGGAGCCUUUUUCCAUCGAUUUUAUUGAUUCAGAAGACUUAAAUGAAAGAACUAUUUUUGCUUCUGCUGGGAAUUCGAUCACUUUGUCUAAAUUGACUGAAAAUGUUCCGCAUGCUUAUCAACUUCCCGAUGAUUUACGUUUUUCAUCAAAACAAUUACUUCAGUUAUUCUUAAAGCCUGGAUUUAUGUUGAAAGCAAGACGCAGAUACGAAGAACAACUUGCUGAAACUGAUAACAUUGAAGUAGAUGAAAAUUUCUGGGCCGAAGAAAAUAAUGACCAUGCAACAAACACAUCAUUCCCAGAUAUGACAAUGGUAACUACUGGAGACACAUUUUUACAUGAUGAUGAUGGAUUUGAGGAGGACAUAGAAGGGGAAUUUGGUGAUAAUUUAGUAUCACAGGCGAGGAGAAAUAAACCGGAAUAUAUAAAAUAUGCCAAAACUGCCAAAAGGAUUGAUGUCAAAAAAUUAAAAGAAAAUAUAUGGAAAACAUUAACGGAUGCUACGGAAAAUGAUUCCAAUAUAUCGACCAUAAACAAUGACCAUCAACCUCCAUAUGACCAGUGCUCCCUAGACUCAACACAGAAAGUUGAUGAACAAAAAUUUAGUCGAGUUAUAAAGAAUUUAAAAAAGAUAUAUCCAGAAAAAAAAAUGAAAGAUAUAUCCGUGUCAUUUUGUUUUAUAUGUUUAUUACAUUUAGCAAACGAAAAAAAUUUAAGUAUAUCUGUAGAAAAUGAUAAAUUAUCAGAAUUGACGAUUCAACAGCAUGGUCGGCCGUCAUAUCUGACACCAUGCAUCGCUCACAUUCUUUGUAAUAAUAAGUCUUCAUUAUUUUUCAUUCUAAUUCCGUAG